UCCGAUGUCUGGUUGAGGGUUUGUGCUGAUUUUGGUUCAUUCUGGUUUAUUCAGGGGUUUGGAGAGAAGAGGUAUGUGUUUGUAAUAUUACAUUUGUCGGUUCGAUUUAAUGUAUCUGAAGCGUUCAACAGAAAGAAAGGAGCAAGGUGUUUGAUUUUAUUAUUUUUAUUUGUUGACAGGGUAUCCGCUAUGGAGCUGGUACGGGAGAUGAAUCCAGUGGCGGCGGUACUCGUGGUAUUCAUCGCAGGAGCGGAAGCAGCGCCUCGCAUCGCGUUUACAAAUCCCUCUGACACUCCUGCUGAACAUAACAUCACGGACACAUUGGAGAGUCUGGAUGACCGAGCAUUUCAGCUGGGAAAAAUAGCCGUUUCUUCCUCUCCUUGGAUGCAACAUAAGGAGACUUGGGAUCCUUCCCUUGGAAGGAGGAAGGACGUCCAACGACGGAGGACAAGGAGCAGCAAGUGCCAGGCGUCCUCACCGGAUCCUGCGAGCUCUAUUUUCAACUUCCUCAGCGGCACCGUGCUACUCACCAACCUGGCAGUCAACAUGAUCAUCAGCAUUUUGAAUAGCAAUUCCAUCACGGUCGAAACGUCCAACAUGAACAUGAACUCCGCGAGCGUUCGACGUCGAGGUCUUCCACACAGCUCGAGGGUCAGGAGGUCGAUCGAGGGCGGAAGCGUCGAGUGCGUGUGUCCGGACAACAUCGCAGGUCACAAUGCAUCGACAGGACGAGAUAUUUCGAUUUCUGACACAGUUCCGGGCUGGGAACUGCACCAGGAGAGAACCGACGCAGACCCAACCGUCGAAACCAAGCGAGACCAACAGCCCUUAUCCCAGGCCGCAUCCAACACCUCGCGGGCUGCGGAUCCGGGACUGGCGGAGCUUCCUUCAAUCUCCGCCGCCCUAAUCAACCGAGAGACGAUGGGCUGUCUAUCCUGGAUCAUCUGCAAACGACUCACUCUCAAGCGUCAGUCUUCCGUAGUUGACUGGGUCGGCGAAAACCUGGGUAUUUCCAUUGUCGAAGUGGAGGUGUUCUCUUCACUGACUAAGGCCCAGCAAGUGCUCCUUCGUCGGGCUAUUGUGAAGGGCAGAUACUCCGCUUCUUGUGAUGUUCUCGGCAAAGACUGUCUUUUGUUUACCUCCGAAUAAAUGGAAAAUAGGAAAUGUUUCUCUUUUAGCAACCUUCUUGAAUAAUAUCAUUUACAUUUAAAUAUGUUGUAGGUAUAAAGCUGCUAACACAGUUAUGUUU